UACAUAUACAUAUAUGUAUGUCACAGCGAGGUAGUGUGUUCACGGUUCAUGCAAGCAUAAGCGCCUAAAUAUUAAUUACAUUACGAAUGUUUUUGCCGGAGUAACACUCAUGUGAUGGAAGGUGUGAUCAAGAACGUAUCACGAAUGACAAAACAAAGAGAAAAUGGGAGUCCUCGUUAAUCAUAGAUCUUACAACUUGCAAACAAGUAGCACCGAUGGACGCGGCCAUGUUUCCUGGUAGCAGAAAUCUUGCCCAUUAAUAAUUCAGGAAUUUUGAACCACGAAGUGGAACGUGCAGAAUGCCGAAAUGCGAUGUGAAAACAAGAUAUCUACCAGCAAUGUUCGCGUGGACAGUUCUACUCGUAACUACGACACUUUUCUUUUGCUUCCCGUGUCAGUAUUAUGUAUUUCGGUGGGGUACGUGGGUGCCAGCGCUUCAAGGAGUUAUAACUUUCUUUGUACUGACGAAUUUUACUCUGGCAACAUUCAUGGAUCCAGGUGUUAUACCGAAAGAUUUUAUCUGUACAAUAUUUCUCUUUUUAAAGCUCCUCCUGACGAAGAUCGAGAGGAUGACUUCAGGGCUCCAUUGUAUAAGAGUGUUGAGAUCAAUGGGAUUACAGUGCGCAUGAAAUGGUGCGUUACAUGCAAAUUUUAUAGACCACCUCGUUGUAGCCAUUGUAGUGUUUGCAACCAUUGUAUCGAGACAUUUGAUCAUCACUGCCCAUGGGUCAACAAUUGCAUUGGCAGAAGAAAUUACAGAUUUUUUUUCUUUUUCCUUCUGUCCCUUAGCUGUCAUAUGCUUAGUAUAUUUGGACUUUGUUUGUAUUUCGUAUUGGAGCAUAAACAACAAUUAGGAGAAGUGGACACAAUUGUUGCACUUGUGCUAAUGGGUGUGGUAAUAUUGCUGUUUAUACCAAUUUUUGGAUUAACAGGCUUUCACGUAAUACUUGUUUCUAGAGGAAGAACAACAAAUGAACAGGUAACAGGCAAGUUUAAUGGAGGUUACAAUCCUUUCUCAAAAGGAUGUUUACAAAAUUGUUGGUAUACGCAAUUUGGACCACAAUACCCAAGUUUAAUUAAGCCUGAUAAAUAUUCAGGAAAGCGGCGCGGUGCAUGUACAUCUGAGAUAUCUACCAUAGACAGUGAGAACCAGGUAAAAACCUACAUGGAUAGCAGCAAUGGUGUUAGAAAUGCCAGUUCAAAUGCUUACAAUAAGUUAUCACCUGGUCGAGAUGGUUCAGACACAGAUAUGGAACCAACUGCAUCUCAAUCAGCAGAUUGUGAACCUACGCCGCCCUUACAAAGACAUGGUUCUAAAAGCAAUUUCUUUUUACCACCCGUCGAAAGUAAUGAAUCUCCUAGGCAUCCUCAACCACCACAACAUCGUCAUCCAAUACAUUAUCCUAGAGGCAGUCCUCAUCCAAAGCCAAGGGGGAUGAAUGGAUCGCGUAGUCACACACCGGAUCCUUUAUCACCGGAAGUAACUGGUUCUCCUGCUACGGCACCUCAACGAAAUCAGGGUCAAGGUGGUGCCAGUCCAACAAUGCAACAACGUAUUAAAGCUAUCGGAGUACCUACACCACUUGCCAUUUCCAGUCCCAUACGCAGAUCCAAUCCAGGUACACCGACGCAGGUUCGUCGGCCGGACUUUAUAGGAGUGAAUGAAGCACCAACGUAUUAUGACGUACAACAGGGAAAUAGUAUUGGUGUUGGUGCAGGCGGUACCGUCGUUACCGGUUAUAGUCCGCAACGACGUUUUUUAUCGGAGAGCGAGCUCGUCCGUCAGGGUGCCGAUCAUUCGUAUUCAAGAACCAACAAUACCGUUGACAACAUUCGAGAACUUGCAGGAUCCCCACAGCGUGGUGCCUAUAUGUGGAAAGAUAAUUCACCAGGCAGCUACCAAGUUCAACAAGGAAGCGCAUCAUCGACCACAGCACAUCAGUCUCCUUCACAAAGACCACCGCCGCCCUAUGAUUAUUAUCGCUCGAAUCCAACUAGUCCUACGCAACAAUCUUAUACUACGGCUCCAAGAGCAGCGUAUCAUCCUGCUAUGAGAGGUGGUGUCCCAGUCUUCCCACCGCAUCAGCCACCACAUCAGCAAUCACCACAAGUUAAAAGAAAGGCUGUGAUGGCUACGCCUACUACCCCAACGUCCGGUGAUACCAGACGUAGACCGAUGUCAUUUGUAAGAGCAUUAGAAAUGACGGAUUCUAUGGAAAUGGUAUCGGCUCCUAAUGAUCCAAGGUCGCAAAGGCCUACCACACCAACGCCAGAUCGAGCGAGUGUUUAUGAUAUGAGUUACGAGAUAUCCGUAUAGCCCAUCUUUCCAGUCUCCGUACAAUCCUGCCGUUGGACGGAGAGAGUGCAAAUAUUGUUACCCUUAUGCGUCUCUCGUUCAAAUCAAGAAGGAAGGUACAUUACUUACAAAAUAUCCGUCUGAAAAUGAGGGAGAAAAAGUAAGCAGCAUCAGCAGCAGCAUCAGCAGCAGCAACAGCAGCAGCAGCAGCAGUAGCUGCAUUCGUUGAUAUCGAAAAAAACAUCAAUGAUAUAAAAUCCUAUUGGUCCAGUCUCUUACAUACAUACAUACAUACAGUCACUUAUCAUCUAUAUUAUUCGUACUUUAAUGCCAACCAAAAAACUAUUAUUAUUUUCUCGAAAAGACUAGAGUUAGUGUGAUCACGUAAAUUCUAUUAUAUUUGUAAAAUCAAUAAUGAUGAUAAUGAUGAUGAUUGACGACAAUUAUAAUGCUAAAAAAUAAUAAUAAUGAUGGUGAUGAUGAAUGACGAUAAUUAUCAUGUUAAAAAAUAAUGAUAAUUAUUUUGGUAAUGAUAAUAUGGAUGAUGAUGGUGAUGGUGAUAAUGAUGAUGAUGAUGAUGAUGAUGAUGAUGAUUAUGAUGACGGUGAUGAGAUGAGUGUGUGAAAACCGUUAUUGUAUUAUAAAGGCGGCUAUGUAAAGCCAUAAGCGAUGUUACAAUAAUCGGACAUGCAUAUUUUAAAAAGAGAAAGGGAGAGAGAGUGUGAGAGAGAGAGAAAGAGAGAGAGAGAGUGAGUGAGUGAGAAAGAGAGGAAGAGAGAGAGAGAGAGAGAGAGAAAGGUAACAGAUUAACGCCGAAUUAUUUUCCAUUGCGAACUCGCAUACCAAAUAGAAUAUAAUAUCACACGGAGACAUUUAAUUCUCCGUUCCAUCAUAUUUUGGGACUUUUACGACGCUAUAACGUAAACUAUAAACGUGAAGAAAAAGAAAGAAAAA